AUGCGUGUGGGGUGUGCAAACUGGCAAAAUCGAGGUGCGACCGAAAUGCCUAACUCCGGUGACCCGGACGCCACGAGUAUGCCGGAGACGCCGAUGUCCCCUAACAUGAACGCCACGAAGGCCGCAGUCUCAGCCAGUGGGGCGCAGACCGCCCACCCGGCAGUGGCCGCCACCACGAAGGGAAGUCGACGCGCGCAAGGCUGGCACUCGGCUGUAACAGGUGGCGCCCCUCCCCGUACCACUAGUGCGAAUCGCCCUGCGUCCGAUACCAAGUCACUUGGAGACAGUGCUGCCCAUAGCGGCAUUGUUCGGAGAUCUUCAGUGCAGUUUAGCAAGGAUUCUCUGGUGAGCCAAAACAGCUCCCGCAUCCCGCGUGAUGAAGCGUCCGAAUUUCGCCAGAACAUGGCCGACUUCCUGAUGGUGAUGUAUGGCGACAAGACAGCCAGCGGCGUCGUCGGGGCAGACGAGAAAAAUGGUGCGCCACGCGCGAAAGGAAAGGCGGACCCUGGUGAGUCGCGCAUUCCUGGUGCACUGUUGGAGGCGGGACGCGAGCCACCGUGGCACGCGGGCUCCUCACGCGGUGUGUCAUCGAGAAGCCAAGGCCCACUCGUGAAGGGCCUCACUGCCAACAGCGGCCGAAGCCCGCAAGUCGAUCGCAUUGACACGCUCGUAGAGUCGCUUGUGCGUGCCUACAGCCGCCGGACGACGUCGGCGCGCGGCGAGUUUCAAGGCAUCCCCGGGGUAGACGAUGAUAACCCGAUCACCUACAACGGCCCUCACCCGAGCAGCUGUCGCCGCGCACUGACGUCCCCACGACUGAGCCAUGGCAACAGCAUCGGCACUGGCAGCGGACACACUGACGAGGUGUCAGCGUUUGUGGGUCAGGCGCUGGACAACAUCCUCAACCCUGGCGGCAUUCUAGGUCAAGGAGCGGUGUCGAACCUCUCUAUGCUGUCCUCUCUCCGACUGGACAGGAACCUCUUUGACUUGAUGCCCUUUCAGACGCAGAGCAACCUGCAGAACGUCAUCGCAGAAGAGGAAGACUCCGGCACGAUGUUGAAGCCAAUGUACGUGGGAGAGCAGGCCAUGUUUCGGUCAGUCGGCACGCGGCCCAGCAUAACCGACAUCUCUGUCAGCAAGUCCAUGCGAGGCAUGAUCCCAGCGGCGCCGCCUGAGUCUGGCAAGGGCCACCACCUCAACACAACCCAAGCACCACUAUGUGGCGACAGCGGCGGCCCUCCACGAUCUAGUGGGGGCCCCUCAUUGUGCACGCCCAAGCAGACGCUAGGCGAUAAGAAACGUAGCCUCGACAGCGAAGUGAUGGAGAAUGCCUUCGUGAAUCAGCGAGGCAGCGGUGCUGUGGGUGGUGAUGCGAAGAAUAAGAGCAUCGUACACUGCAUGUCCCUUGACUCUAAGGUGCUCGGCAGAGCGGUUGGUGCAGACGACGAGGACGACAGCUGGGGCGAUGCGCCCGCCGGCAUCCUGGCAACCAAGGCAACGGACAGUGGGAGCCCUGGAAUGGACUCGUCUGCCCGCGGCCUCUUGGACUACUCCAGGGCACGCACGAACGUCACGCUGCAGAAGGCUCUGGGGACGCUGCAAGUGGAGGAGCAGCUGAAGCGCGACGUUGUGAUCGCUGUCGAGCAUCAGCUGUGCGGCUACAUCACUUCUCUAGAGCACGAGGAAAGGCUGAAGAAGAGGGGAGGGUCUGCGGCUAGCAGUGGUCAGCAGAAGAGGGGUGGAGAGACAUCAGCCAGCUCUACUCCAGCAGCCGGAAGCUCGAUGAUUACAGAUGGAGUCGUAGGCGCAGGGAGAAAUACUCGCUCUCGUGGCACUGUCAACAGCGACACCGCGCCGCUCAUGCAGAACAUCAUCGAGUUCUUUCAGGAAAACACCACCGAGGUGCAUCACUCGAACACUCUUGCGUCUGCCGCAGCGAAGACAUGA